AGAAAAAGGUUUUCCAGCUUCCGAGCCUCAUGGAAGGAGUUUUCGCUGAGGGCUCCCAUGCCAGCUGCUUAAAAAACCCCAGCUGGCAGCACGGGAAUCCCAGUGGUGGGUUAUAAUGUGACGGCAGAAGGAGGUGGCCGCAGCCACGUCCCCGCGGCACAGCGCUGGCAGGUGUGGGGUGGCAGGAGCGGCUGUGCUGGAGAGGGGAAAGGGCACUGUGUUGUAACCGUGGGGAGGGCCGGCGCUGGGACCGGCUCUGACGCAGCCCAGGACCGCCACCGAGGGAACGGGCGGCCGCUGGCGCUCACUCGGCUGGGGACGCAGCAGCACAGAGGCAAAGGCUGGAGGGACGCGUUCCUCGCUGGAGCUGCUGGAGGUGCACGAGGACUGUACACCCCUGGACAGCAAGAGCCAGGCAAAGCCAGCACAAAGCCGGCAGCCCCCAUGAGCAAACUAGCCCCAGCUCCAGUCCCCACCACCCAGCAAGCAGGAGGACUGGCUCCUGGGGCAUGGGGAAAUGCUGAGCCAGGCAUUGCUCCUUUGUGAGAAGUCACCGUGCCCCUUCACGGGGAGGUGCUCCUGGGGCAUGCACAGUGCUAGGAGUGCAGGAGGCUGGGGACAGGGCUGAGGCUGGGCUCUGCCGUGGUGCAGGGCAGGGGGGCAGCAAGAGGAGGCCUGCAGGCAGCCCUGCCCCACAGCACUGGGCCCCUGUGGCUGUUCCUACACUUGGCCAGGGCUCAGGGCCUGCCUGGCCAGGGCUGGGAGCAGGGAUAACAUGUGCCAGCGGCGGCUGCUCCCAAAACUCCCUCCUGGGUGACUCGCGCCGUGACAUGGGCACCAAGGCUGGGGCACUGUGGGGCUCUCCCCUUUCUCUCCUCCCAAGAAACCCGGGGACGGCAGGUUGGGGCCCUGGCACAGGCACUGGGCUCUUUGUGCCCCGGUUCCUGGCCAGGCACAGCCCUCCCAGGGGCCGGGGGGGCUGGUGCCGGAUGCCGGGGGCCGCACCGGAGCUGCACCAUCUGCUUCUCGUCAGGCUGCCGGGAGCGCCGCAGCUGCCGGGGCCCAGCAGCGGGACACUGCAGUGAUGGAUGGUCUGUUUAUCACGGCUCGGCUCCACUCAGGAUGUUAGUACUUGCCUGCUAAAGACAUUUCUGGGCUUGGCCACUCCCUCCAUCCUCCCCCUCCUCCUGCUCCCCCCAGACCCUCUCCCUUGGGGCCACAGUGAGGGAGCAGGGGGUGCUCAGGGGGUGUCCUUUGUAUGGCCCCUGGCCUGUGUCUGAGCUCCUGGAGCUGGGGUGAAGCCUUCCCUCGGGUGCUGAUGGGGACAGGGAUGGGAAAGACCACGGGGCUUUCACACGUUCCUCAUCCCAUGGUGCCUGAGCUGGGGGGGGGACUCGCCCUGGGAGCAGCAUCCUGGCAUGGGAAGGGGCGUAGGGCAGGGAGGGAAGCACUGUGCUGGACCCCCCAUGCCCACACUGUCCUGGGGGUGUCCUGGCCCUGCUGAGGAGCAGUCCUGCAUCCUGGAGCCAUCCCAGCAGCCACAUCCCUGUGCUUUGGGACUGCCAGCAGUGACACCCCAGUGCUGGAUCCAGGUCCUGGAUCCCUCAGAAGCACCCUUGGGAUGCACAGACACCAGUUUCUAGCCUUUCUCCCAGCACAGAGGUUUAUCCCAGCCCAUGCUACAGCCUACCCGGCCAUGCCCUACCAGCUCACCAAGCCCCCAGCCCCUGUCUGUCCCUGCAGCCAUGAAGUCUGGCUGUCCAGCAGAGCAGCCAGACACACAGCUGUGCUGUGGCACAACGUGCAGCGAGGCAGCGAGAGCGGCCGUGGGCUCCUCCAUGUCUCCCAGCCCAAGGUGCAGUGCUGCAUCUCUGGUCAAUUGGGAGUCUGAGAUGAAGCACUGUAGCUCGGGAAGGGAGGAACUGUGCCCUGGGACCCCUGGACCACUGCCUGCCGCCAGGACUGAUGGAAGCAGAUGGAUGAGCAGCCGGACAGGAGCACAGCUCGUGGCUGGGGGGCAGGGCUCCAGGGGGCUUCUCAGGGCAUAGGAUGGGAGCAGGACUGAUGGUAGAGCUCUGCCCCUCCAUCCUGCUGGUCUCUGGAGCCAGGUUCCCACCACUGAGGGAGUGGGGAGUUCUUCCAGACAUGCUUUGGAUACAGCCCUGCAGUCUCCUGGCUGGUGGGAGAGCAGAGGGGAGGGUGCCUGCAGGCAGCCAGCGUAUCCCCAGGAGACCCCAGAAGGAUGCUGAGCCCCAUCUACGGGGAAGGGCUCAUCCCACAGCCCCAUGACUCUGCAAGGGGAAAAGGGAGAGGAGGAGCCCACAAAAAGCAUCGAGGGGUCUGGAGGUUUCUCCUUUGGCCGAAGGACCCCCCUGUGUCUGAUAAGGACCCCCAGCCCGGCACUGGCCACCAGCAAGGGAGUGGCACAGAAGGGUGGGGGCCAUGCGUGCUGGGGGUGCUGCAGGGGGACAACAGGGAUGUGGCAGCUGCCAGAGGAGGGGAUGUGCAGGGCAGGGACUGGGGGAGAGCCACGGCCGCCGUGCUCUCAGGGUCCAGUUUUCCCAGGAAUCCCUUAGGCGCUCUGUUGGGGAUUCCUGGAAAUACUGUUCUUGGGGCCACGGCUCUGCAUCAGGAGACGGCCCGAGCCCGAAGGGAAGCCACAGCAUCUGGAGGAGCCAGGGACAAGGUAUGGGGUCAUGCCUGGGGGCUGGGAGCGGGGGUGGGAACCCCACAGAUGUGGGGUGGCACACUGUCCAGCCCAGGAAAUCCCAGUCCCCAAAGGCUGGGGGAUGAUGGAUGUCCCCUUGGGUCACAGCCCCCUGCAAGAGAACACUGGUGGUGGCCUUUCACCCUGCUUCUGCCCUUUGGUGCCCUCCUGGAGGGGUGGGUCUCAGCAGGCCCACAUGCACGUCACCUCGCCAUCCUUGCACCAAUAAAGGUCUCAGCUUCAAGUGACUCUCCAGGCCGUUUCUUCGGGACUGGCAGCAGCGCAGGGCACACCGCGCUCUGGUGUCGCACUCUCGCGAAGGGAAAGAUGCAUCCUGCAGGCGUGGGAUGGAGGCAGAGGAAGGGGACAGAUACGGCACGCAGCAGCAGGCAGCCUGGCCAGGCAGGGACAGCAGGUGGCAGUGCUGCCUCGGCUACAGCAGGCAGGGCUGUGCUGCCCUCCCUGCCUGCCCUGCAGGGCCCCCCCUUCUGCCCUUACCCCACGCAGCAGCAGAACCAUCCCCACGCCGCCAGAGAGGCAGCUGGAGUCCCCUUUCCCAUGCCCACAGGGGUCACAGGUUCCCCAUGGCCCCCUCUCCCUGCCAGCCCUGAGAUGCCUGCGUCAGCAGCGGGACGUUCAUCAGCACCCAAACCCGUCACCGGGGUGACCCCCAUGUCCCCCUCAUCCCCUGCCCGCUGCUCGGCCUUUUCCUGAGGGCUCCAUCCCAUGCAGUCCCCUACCACGUCCCCAGCACUGCAGCCUGGUCCCUGCUGUGUCCCCUGCACCCACCGUGGUAGCACCCCCUCUCCUGGGGGCACCCCAAAACCCUCGCUCUGCUCCAGGAAGGACACAGCUGGGGAAACCCAUCCCCCAUGGGAAGGAAAAGUGGAAAUCACAAAAACCUUCCUGGAAAUUCCAAAUCGAAACCCAAACUGUUCCCACCCCUCCCCGUUCCCCACUUCCACCCCCCCCCUUUCCCUGCACUUUUGUUUUGGGGUGGCUCCAAGCGCUCCAUUUCAAGCAUUUCCAAGCAGUUUGUUUGGAUCCCAGCUGGGUGAGGGGGGUUAAAUGGCAUGCAGUUGCAGGCUGGAAAGCCACUUCUCUCUCUCACACACACAAAUUAAAAAAAUACGGCACUUCGUUCAGGAAAUGCCAACUCAGAGA